UGAGGGGCGGGUGCGUUCUCGGCUGCCCGGGACGGUUUCUCGGCAGCGCCUUCAUCGCUCCCUCCCUCCCUCCCGGACGGGGGAGAAGCCUCAGGUAGAUGCCAGUUUGCAAUGAGUCUUAAAACCUUCUGGAAGGACAACAAAGUUCUGAUUGUUAUGGGAACUAGCCUGGGGCUGGUGCACUGGGGCUGGUAUUACUUGAAGUCCAGUCCUAUUUUCCAAGUGAAGACAGAGAAUUUUGUUCAAGAACCUGGGAUUCUGACGUUCAUGAUGCAAAACGAUCGCAAAAAUAAAGAAAAAUAGCAUUAGUACUUUGAUUUUUGGGCAUAACUAAGCUUGAAGAUUCUCAUCUGUGACUAUUGCCAGAAAAGAUGAAGAAAACUACCUGGAAUAGAAAGAACUUUGUGCUUGUAGUAGGACUGUCGGUUUUAGGUGUCCAUUUGGGAAGCAUGCUUGUAAACUAUGUUGCAAAAAAGUCUGCUCAAUCUCAAUCAGAAGCUAAGAGAUCCUCCUGAGUGAAAUAGCUUCCUGCUGUCACUGUUUAUCAGUUUUGCAACAUGAUUAAAGCCUUGUUUUAAGAGAUCUGUGAUGAGUGGUUUCAGGAAUGGUAUAUAUAGUGUUUCACACUGAAAAUAAUAACCCUUACCUGCAAAGAAUUAAAAUGUACUACUUUUAAAGUUUACAAGUGCAAUGAAUUAUAGAUCCAAGUAAAAAUGAAACGUUUUGUUGGCUAGAAUUAAAAUCUUACCUUCAAAAUGUCUCGCCUUGAAGCUAAAAAGCCUCCGUUAUUUAUUAGUGAGCCUUUAACUGGAGAUGCAGUGAGUCAGUCUUUGUCUCUGCUGAGUGGAAUAUUAAAAUCUUCCUACGGUCCAGCUGGUCGACUCAAACAGCUCCACAAUGGUAUGGGGGGCUGUGUUUGUACCACUUCCCAAUCCUCAGCCCUCCUGGGGCACCUUUCCAUCAGCCAGCCCGUGCUGCGUGUCCUGACAGCCUCUGUUCGGAACCACGUGUCACGUUUCAGUGACUGUGGCUUAUUCGCUGCUAUUCUUUGCUGUGGCUUCAUUGAAAAUUUCAGGAGCCUGAAUGUUGCACCUUUUACUGUCAUUAAAAUAAGCAAGCAUCUCCUGAGUCUGUGCAUGGACCACCUGAAAUCUGAGGCUUGUGGUUGCCGGGUGUCUGUGGAUUUUAGCAGUGUUGGGGCUCUUGUUUGUUUGGUUCGUAGCAUUUUAACAAGCAAACCUGCUUGCAUGCUUAAUAAAACUGAAGUUGAUCAUCUCACCUCACUGGUUUUAAAGGCUUUUAUAUUUACUGUUCCAUGUAAUGUUGAGACUAAUGCUGUUUUAGGGAAAUGUGUGAUAAUACCUGUGAAAGGUAGAAGAGUUGUGGAUUCUACUGUUCUUCCUGGACUGCUGAUAGAAACACCAGAAAUCCAGUUGAGGAAACCACUUGCUGUCAAAAGGACUGGUUCUAACAUCAUCAAGAUUGCACUUUUCAGUGUGUCCAUGUCAGGUGAUGGCUUUAACCCUGAGGAAGGAACUAUAGCAGUCCAUCAUGGAGUUUCUCUGGAAGUAUCAGAGCUGAAUCAGUUGCUUAACGUGGGCAAGCAGCUGGUUGAGGAUGAGGUGGGCCUUGUCGUGUGCCAGAAAGUGAUGCAUCCCUCCUUGAAACAGUACCUGAAGGAGAACGGUGUCGUGGCUGUGGACAGGGCUGGGCUGUGUGUGAUGGAGCCCCUGGGCCGCAUGACAGGUUCACAGCCUAUAGCUUCCAUACAUUCAUUAUCUCCUGGCUGUUACGGUAGUUUGAAAGAUUUAUGCAUUAAGAGUUUUGCUCCAAAGCAUUUUCUACAUCUUAUUCCUGAGGAUACAGUUAUCUGCAGCCUGGUACUCUGUAACAGAAGUGAAACAGCAUGGGAUGAGUUGAAGCGUGUCUGUGAAACUGCAGAACACGUGUUACAGUUAACAGUGAAGGAACCUUUGGCAUUAUUAGGAGGGGGCUGUACAGAAACUCACCUGGCUUCAUACAUAAGAUACAAGAGUUCUAGUCUGCCUGCCAGCACUUUCAAAGACCUAGAUUGUUCUCAGACACAAUACCAGUUGGUUGCUGAGGGGUUUUGUCGUUCCCUGGAGUCUGUAGCUCGCUCUCUGAGUCACGACGGUGAAGAAAUUCUUACAGACAUGGUUUAUGGACACUGUUGGUUUGUUCCACCCGGUUCCCCAUGUGUCUCCAAGUGGUCAGAUUUAGUUUCAAAAUGUGGCUGUGGGAUGAAUGGUAACUCAGAGGACCUCAGCUGGAGGUUUUUGCAAGGCCAGUCUGGCUCUCCUUUCAUACAGGACUGCCCUAAAGAGCCCUCAGUAAAGGUUGCUGACCUCCUGACCCUGGAUUGCUUUGCUGCCAAGUGCAGUGGCCUGCAGGUAGCUCUGGAGACAGCUAACCUGAUUUUGGAUCUUUCAUACAUAAUUGAAGAUCAAAAUUAGCUCUGAUCUUAGGUGAUUUGUCUUGUAUAGCAAGGCAACACUGAAUUUAAAGCAGGGUAAUGUAUAAUGUGUUAAAAUAUUUUAAUAGGUUAGAACGUGGGCAGCAGACAAAAAUUUUAAAUUCAACAGUUGGCCAUUGAAUACUCUUCUCAUUGUUAAUCUACUGUGCUUUCAAGCAUUUUUAAAUGUUCAACCUGUUCCCUCUGCAUUAAGGAAAGCUUUGGAUGAUGGUUAGCUCUGUAGCAUCUUCAAAGGAAUGGGAAAAAUGGAUUCACUUGCUGAGAAAACAUUAUGUAUUGAAAUUUAUACAGUCUCAGCAAAAGCUUUGCACAUUCAAAAAGACUUUUAUAUUGCAGCAGAAUUUUAUCAGUGGUAUUUUUAAUGUUGUAGGUAAAAAAGGCUUAGCAUAUUCCUUGAGCCACUUGUUUUUAAUUUUGUUCUGAAGUUUUUGUCACCGUAUACUGUAUGUAUAUGCAGUUUUUGUUUCUAAAUGGCUGAAAGAUUUUAAUUCAUGUAUGUAAUUUAUUUAACAAGUUAUAAAAACUCAACCUGGAGCUCUUAAGGUAGCAGGCAGGUAAUAAAAGAUUUGAAAAGAAGUGACAGACUGGGUGGAAAAAACGUUUGUCAAGUGGACCUUGAUUGUCUUCUGUGGAAUACAGGGCAGUCUAUAAUGAAGUUUCUAUCACUUAAGCAAAGCUGCAAGAAUAAAUGUCCCACUUACCAUUCAAUUAACUCUUUGACUGUGUAUGGCUUCUUUUAAUGAAGGAAGGCUUUAAGCUGCUCAGACUUGUUUUGAUCUUUAAAUAAGACUGUAGACUGAAUGAUCAAAACUUUUUCUCAUUCUCAGCUUGCAUGCAAGAUCAAAAAAGGGUGUUACAGUUUCUUACUUAAGCUCAUUUUCUUUGCCCCUUUUCUUCUCUCUCAUUGUUUUCUGUCACAAGGGACAAAUUAUUCAUGGUGUGUUUCCAGAAAACAUCCGAGUCAGUUGUAGUCUAGUCUGCUUAUUUUUUUCCUGCUCUCUUAAGUUUUUAAUAUAUUUAUUUGCUGCAUAUUAGCAGUAGAAUUGUUAUGUAUAACUCAGUUUUGAAAUAUGUAAUUAAAACCAGAUCUUUCCAGA